AUAAGGACCUUCAUCCUUAUCUCAGAAACAGCCAAACUAUCCAGCCGUCCUAUCUAUUUCUUUAUUGACAUUCAUUCCUUUUUUGCACGUCUCUCGAAUACAUACCCAUCCCACGUCCUUUUAGGACCAACGUAAUACCUUCCCGCUUUCCUCUCCAUACUCACUCCGCCUGAUCAUAAUUGGUGAUGACGCGUAUCAGCUAUCUUUUCGUUGCUGUUGCUAUCAGCGUCCUUGCCGGACACUCUAACUGUUCCCCAGAUGAAGACUCACAGGGUUAUGGCUUGUUCCCUGAUCUUUACAACACCUUGGAGCCGCUCCCAUUGCUCGGGGGCUUAGCCGGUGGCUUGUUGGGAAGCUUGGAUUCCGGCCCGACUCCCGAGAACCCCACCCCCGGCGAACCAGUCGCCCUCAAACACAACCAACCCUCGGUCAGAGCUAACAACAGACGCCGACAGAGAGCCAUCGUGCUCAAUAUAUUGGAUGACCUCAGCCAACCGGGUUACUUUCCCAACCCGGCUUCACGCAUUUCUUCCAAGUCGGGCCGUCACAAGCAGAAGCCGAUUAUUGGUCCACCCAUGGGUCCCGCGCUGCUCCCACAGCCUCCAUCCCCGAGAGCAGAUGAUCUUGCGCCGCUCCCGGUAGCAGCUAGUCCCGAGACUGUCCCCCCUCCUAUGGAUUACCCGCCGGUUGAUCAAACCCCGGCCAUGAACGACCGGCCCAUCCCGGGACCGCCCGUCGACGAUAGCCCACAACCUCCUGCCGAAGACGCAUCGCCCCCCGUCCACGUCCUCCCUCCAUUUUUGGCCGGCAGUCGCAUGCCAGGUGUUAGCACGAUUCCUCUGAAGAAGCCAGCCCCGAAGACUAAGCGUGACGUAUCUGAUGCAGUCACAGCUGUCCCACCCAUCAUGGAAACUCCGGCAAUCCCUUCGAUCCCAUCUCAUCCAGAAAUCCCGUCAAUCCCGGCUAUUCCGGCAAUCCCGUCAAUCCCGGCUAUUCCGGCAAUCCCAUCGAUCCCGGCCAUUCCGGCAAUCCCAUCUAUCCCAGCUAUCCCAUCCAUUCCGUCACUCCCGUCAUCAUCAACUACUUACCCAACAUUCAUGGGAGCAAUGGAUGCUUUCCGGAUGCUCGUAGCCAACGGCAUGCCGCUUCAACGUCAGAUUGCAAACGGGCCCGUCUCAGCAGAGCAUAUCCCAGCUGGCCCCAGACCAGCUCUAGGCGCGAUCCACCCACCCUCCAGCGCAUCCGCGCACACCAAGCGGAGCGUGCCUGAUGGACUGGUCAACGGCUCACCCCCGCUCAGCCCACUUCGUUUCGGCAGACUGUUCUCAUCAUUCCCAUCCUUGUCUAUGCCCUCAAUCCCCUCGAUCCCAUCAUUUUCCCCGUUCAGCAACUUGUUUUAGCCCUUACGACGGUAUCUUGCAUGUUCAUCUGGAAUGACGACGAGGCUGAAACUCUGAUAGCCAUCUUUCUUGCCGCGCUCCCGCCUCCUCUUCUCACUCUUUUCGUCCACUCGCUCGUACAUAUCUUCCCUUCCUAUCUGAUAAUUUUUUUUUUUUUUUUUGAAAAUAUGAGGUGGCUUUUUUUUCUGCUUUUUU